UCGAUCUUCUCUCCCGUCCUCGCGCACGCGCUCUCAGUCCAGUCCUCCCUCUCUCGCGCAGCCACCGGCCCGCCGCCGUGGUCUCGCCGCCCGGCGGCCGUCCGACGCCCGAGGUUCCGCGCUCGAGUUCCGUCUCUAUCGCCCCCUCUCUCUCUCUCUCUCGCUCUCAAUCCUGCCUCUCUCGCGCAACCAGCUCCACGGCCUCGCGUCUCCGCCGCCCCCAGCUCCCGUUUCGCCUCGAUCUUCUUCGCGGGUCCCGCCGCCUCUGGUUUCGCCGUACAGCUCCUGUUCUCGUUCUCUUAGGUCUCGGUCACAGGACUGUUCUUUUCUUAAUUGUUUUUCGGAUCAUUCAUUCUUCGUAAAACGAAGGUGAUAACUUUUGGCGAGGCCCCGAUCGUAAGGGUCGAUAACAGUGGGAAAUCGAGUGGGACGUUGAGAGCUUUGCCGGUCUCCCUUCUUUGCGUGAAUCACCUGUUGAAUUCUCCACAUUGGUCUGGCUGGCCUCAUGAAGUUGACGUGCCUGAGCAGAGGUAAAGGGUUCUACUUUCCCCCAUGUCACAUGCUGAGUGUCUGCGGGUUUAGGAUCUUGAUUGAUUGUCCCCUGGACCUGUCCGCUCUCGCUGCUUUCGCCCCUAUACCUCCUGGGUUCUCUGCCGUGCGAGGUGAAGAAGAUUUGGAACGUCCGGUCGAUGAAUCUGAUGGCUGUGAAUCUGGGAGUGCAGAGAGGAAGAAUACGGAGAAACCCAUGAAUGCAGAGGCUUUGAUUCGUUCUGAACCGUGGUACAAAACCGUGGCGAACCUGCACUUGUGGAAUCCCUCGUUCAUUGAUGUGGUGUUGAUCUCGAGCCCUGCUGGGAUGCUUGGGUUGCCAUUUCUUACGCGAGCGAAGGGCUUCUCGGCAAAGGUAUAUGUAACCGAGGCAGCAGCGAAACUUGGGAAACUUAUGAUGGAGGACCUUGUUUCAAUGCAUGAGGAAUUCAGGCAGUUUUAUGGAACUCAAGAAUUCAGUAGCCCUCACUGGAUGAAGUGGGAGAAGCUGGAAUCACUUCCUUCUGCAUUGAAGGAGAUAGUAUUGGGCACUGAUGGGAUUGAACUUGGUGGAUGGAUGCCAUUGUAUAGUGCAGCUGACAUAGAGGAUUGUGUUAAGAAGCUUCAAAGACUCAAAUAUGCGGAGGUGGCAUGCUACAAUGGUACAAUAAAUAUCAAACCCAUCAGCUCUGGGUUGGAAAUAGGAGCUUGUAAUUGGACAAUAAGAUAUCCAGAUGGAACGAUAGGAUUUGUCUCAAGCUCUGAAUUUGUUCCUGGUCAUGCUUUGGAGUUCAAUUAUAAUGCUCUUCAAUCAUGCGAUGUGCUAAUAUAUUCAGAUUUUUCAUCUUUGGAUGUCCUGGAAACUGCUAACAAGGGGAGUAAUUACGCUGUUCCUGAGGAUUCUUCAACUUUGAGUGAUUUGGAGGAGGUCUUACUUCAUGCUGAUGAGAGCUCAGAGGAAAUGGACAAAUUGAAGUUUAUAUCCUCCUGUGCAGUUGAUGCUGUUAAAGCUGGUGGUUCAGUACUCAUUCCUAUAGGACGACUUGGAAUCAUCCUACAACUCUUGGAGCAGAUAUCUGUUUGCAUGGAAUCAUCACGUUGUGAGGUUCCCAUAUUUGUUAUCUCGUCAGUAGCAGAAGAGUUAUUGGCAUAUACCAACAUAAUACCAGAGUGGGUGUGCAAACAGAGGCAAGAAAAGUUGUUCUCUGGCGAUCCAUUAUUUGCACAUGUUGAGCUUUUGAAUGGAGAAAGGCUGCAAGUAUAUCCUGCCGUUUACUCACCUAAGCUAUUGCUUCAUUGGCAAGAGCCGUGCAUUGUAUUUUGUCCUCACUGGAGUUUGCGGCUUGGCCCAGCUGUUCAUUUGCUCAGACGCUGGCAUGGGGAUGAAAAAUCAUUGCUUGUCUGGGAGGAGGGCAUGGAUAGUGAUAUAGCUCUCUUGCCUUUUGAUCUGAAGGAGAUGAAGAUGAAGGUCCUUCGAUGUUCAUUUCUUUCAGGAAUAGUGUUGAAGAAGGUUCGACCUUUAAUCCACGUAUUGCAACCGAAGUAUGUUAUGUUACCUGAAGAUUUUGGGCGGCAGAUCAUGUCACCAGUCGCAAACUCAUACUCAGUCCUUCACUACUCUGUGAAUGAGACAUUAAAGCUGCCUAUCCUGAAGGAAGAUUCAGAACUAGAAAUCACAGCAGACUUGAUCUCUCAAUUACAUUGGAAAAAUUUGAAAGACCAAAAUUUGAGUAUCACAAGAUUGAAAGGAAACCUCGUCAUGAGUGAUGCCAGAAGACAGAUUCUAACAAGCGACGAGCUAUCCUGCUCAAAAAGUGAGAAGCCCCCGUUGCUUUGGGGGACUCUAGAUUUGCAAAGGCUCCUGGCUCGUUUAUCAGAGAUGGGUAUUGGCGGAUCUCUACAAGAAGACAGUGUCACAGAUGGGUCGAGCGAUGCUCGUAUCUUGCGCAUCGACGCUCCUAGUGAAGCUUUACUUGAAAUUAGGAGCACGAGCACUUUAAUCAGUGCUGCAAAUGAGGAGCUGGCUUUCCGCAUUAGGGAUGCUGUGGAUGGCAUCCUAGAUGGUACUUGAUCUCGAGCCUUAUCGAUACUCUCCUUACAAGUGAGCUAACCAAAGAAGUUGCUUCUCGGCAUAAUCUUCUUGGGGGUUACAUUGUUGCUGGAAUGAUUUUGAUUUAAGCUUGGACAGCAAGAGAUAUGCAGAAAGCCAGCAUGCACAUAUCUGUGAGUGGACCAUAAGUCAAUGUGGAAUCAUAGAAUGUUUUGCUACACACACCACGGCAUGGCAGAUAGGUUGAUAUACAAUUGUCAAAGAUGCGACAAUUUGGUUUCUUUCGGGUCAUUUCAUGGCUCAAACCGUGCCAGAAUACAAAUGUAAGUACCAGUCUCGAUUGAAAUAUAACCAAAACCCGGACCUUUUUGGAAAUCAUUAAUAUCUUAUGGGACACCUCGAACA